AUGCGCGGUUUAUCAUCUAGACAUCGAGGUGAUCACUACUGUCGAAACUGCAUGCACGGAUUCCGCAGUCAAGAGACACGAGACAAUCACAUGAAAGUGUGCAUGGACCAUGAUUUUUGCGAGAUUGUCAUACCUAAAGAAGGAACAGUCCUCAAACACAAAGAUGGGCAAAAGUCGCUCAGAAUGCCAUUUGUCAUCUAUGCAGACACAGAAUGUAUCUUGGAACCUGUUCAAGGUUGUGACGUCAGCAAGCAUGUGGCUUCAGGAUAUGCCUUCAUAACCAAAUUUGCACAUGGAGAAGUUGAAGAAUCAUCCGACUGCUAUCGUGGAAAAGACUGCAUGGAAAGGUUUUGCAAGGGACUGAGAGAUCAAGUCAAUAGAGCUAUCAGACAUCCACAGAAGAAGAUGAUCCCGUUGACACACGAAGAGAAAGAAGCCCACAAGUCUGCAAAAAGAUGCUUCAUUUGCAAUGGGCUUUUCAAGAAGAACAACAAAGACAUCACAAUGCGCAAAGUUCGAGAUCACUGUCACUACACUGGUCAGUAUCGAGGAGCUGCACACAGUUCGUGCAACCUAAACUAUCGCAUCCCCAACGAGAUUCCGGUGGUCAUGCACAAUCGCUCACGAUAUGACAAUCACAUUAUCAUCAAGCAACUGGCCAGGGAAUUCAAAAGCCACGAGUUUGAAUGUCUGGGUGAAAACAGCGAAAAAUACAUCAGCUUCUCCAUCAAGCACUCCGUCACAUUUCAAGGAAAAGACGGCGAACCGCUGAAGCAGAUGAAGAAGAACAAGAAAACCAACCAAACGAAAGAAGUUGAAAUCAGCACGACCUGCAAAAUCAAGUUUAUCGACAGCUGCAGGUUCAUGCAAAGCUCAUUGUCAAGCCUUGUAGAUAAUUUAGCUGGAACCAACAGUGUCAGCUGCAACGACUGCAAAUCAAACAUGGAACUCAUCGAGAUUGACUCAGAGUACAAGGCGCAAUUCAAGUGCCAAACCUGUUACUGCUCUUACAAGACGGUGGAACUGAAUAAGCAUUCCAUGAAGAAGAAAUUUUCCAACACAUUCAAGCAUGCAAAGGGCAAUGACGAGCACUUUAGACUUUUGCUGCGUAAGGGUGUUUACCCCUUCGAAUACAUGGAUGCGUGGGAGCGUUUUGAAGAGACAGCAAUUCCUCCAAAAGCACAAUUUUACAGCAGCUUGAACCUUGAAAACAUCACCGAAAACGACUACAAGCAUGCUCAAAAGGUGUGGAGGGCUUUCAACAUCAAAAACCUUGGAGAGUACCACGAUCUCUACGUGAUGAGUGACACGCUUCUUUUUGCAGACGUUUUUGAAAAUUUUCGAGACACUUGUCAAAACAUCUACGAGCUUGAUCCAGCGUAUUUUUACACUGCUCCAGGCCUCGCAUGGCAAGCAGCUCUAAAAGUGACUGGUCAAGUGCUCGAGCUUCUCACAGACAUCGACAUGCUACUGAUGGUUGAAAAGGGGCUCAGAUGUGGUAUUUGCCAAGCAAUCAAGCGCCAUGCUAAGGCGAACAAUCCGUACAUGGGGGAAUUGUUUGAUGUCAACCUGUUGAUCUCGUAUCUGCUGUACAUCGAUGCCAACAAUCUGUACGGAGGUGCCAUGUCACAAAAGCUGCCAACACACGGCUUCAAGUGGCGUGAAGACCUCGAAAAUUUUACUCAAGCUUUUAUAGAAAAUUAUAAAAAUGGAGAUGAUGGCUAUUUUCUUGAAGUGGAUGUCCACUACCCGAAAAAGCUGCACAAACUCCACAACGACCUUCCAUUCUUGCCUGAAAAGAUGCGUCUGAACAACGACUGUGAAAAGUUGACGUGCAAUGUGUUUGACAAGGAAAAAUACGUGCUGCACAUUCGCAAAUUGCAGCAGGCACUGCAGCAUGGAUUGGUUCUCACCAAGGUGCACCGAGUCAUUGAGUUCAAGCAAAGUGCUUGGCUGAAACCCUACAUUGACAUGAACACAAAGCUGCGAAAGGAUGCCAAAAAUGACUUUGAGAAAGACUUUUUUAAGCUGAUGAAUAAUAGCGUCUUUGGCAAGACCAUGGAGAACGUUUGCAAGCACCGUGACAUCAAACUGGUGACAACGGAAUGGAGGCGCAAGAAGCUCGCAUCAACUCCAAACUAUCACAGCACAUCAAGAUUUGACAAGAAAUUUGUGGCAAUAGAAAUGAACAAAGUGAAGGUCGUCAUGAACAAACCUGUCUACCUUGGCCUCUCCAUCUUGGACUUGAGCAAACUCACGAUGUAUGAGUAUCACUACGACUACAUCAAGCCGAAGUUUGGUGCAAGCGCAGAGCUUUGCUACAUGGACACAGAUAGUUUCGUCUACCACAUCAAAACAGACGAUGUCUAUAAAGAUAUUGCAGGUGACGUUGAAUCAAGGUUUGACACAUCGAAUUACAGUCCCGAAGACCUAUUGGCAAAAACAAGAAAAAAUUGUGUCUCAUGAAGGAUGAACUU